AUGAACCCCUGCGGUGCUCGCGCGGCACUCCACCGAUGUUCGUUGACCACUACACCGACGCAACACAGACAGAGGCCGCCUGGUCGCUUGGAAGAGUCGGAUACCCAGCAUACCCAGCACCGGCGAAGGGGAAGAAGCUGGUGGCCUGACUCGCCGCCGCGGGUGUCAAAGAGCAGCAGUGUCUUACGGUUGGUGGCCUUUCUGCCUGCCCGUCCCCAGUUUCUCACACGAGCUUAUUCCUUCACAUGCAGCCGACGACUAGAAACAUCAAGUCCUAUCAGCGUGCGCCGUCGGUCUGUAUUGCGCCGAGCAGUUGCUGUUGUUGCUCCAAUGCAGCCUUCUCCCGACCGACCUGAGUUGACGAGUCGCGAGUCGCAUGGCCUCACGACCCAGGUUUGCGGAGUACCCAGCCUGUCCACAAUCGACCGGGGUCCGCGCCCGCAUGGGGUAGAGAUUGGACCGGGGAAGGCCUGGGGACACUCGGACGGGGGCAAUCUAAGCCAGGUAGAAAUAUCUGGUCGAGCGCUCCGCUCUUUGCUUCUUGUUCUCUUCACAAUGGCCGCCAAUCGAGCCAGUGCCGACGGUGUCAACUCGACACCGCACGCCACCACCGACUACGACCAGAAGAAGGACAUCAGCCAGGUCGAGCGUGUCCUGUCUGCCGAAGACGAGAAGAAAGACCAUGUCAACUACGACCGUAUUGACAACGAAGUCGCAAAGUAUGCCGAUGCGGUUGCCGUUCACAUCUCGCCUGAGGAGGAUGCUCGCUUGAAGAAGCUGAUCGACCGCCGUGUGCUCCCCAUCAUGGUUGUCACCUACUUUUUGCAGGCGCUCGACAAGGGCACCAUGUCCGCUACAUCGAUCAUGGGAAUUCGAGAGGAUAUCCCAGUUCUCCAGUCGAACCAGACAUUUGGAUGGCUCACGACCUGUAUCUACCUUGCUGUGCUCGUCGUCGAAUACCCAACCAACUGGAUCAUCCAACGUGUCCCUGUCGCCAAAUACCUCGGAGCCAACAUUCUCGCAUGGAGUCUUGUCCUCUGCUGCCAUGCGCUCUGCUUCAGCUUCCCCGCUCUUGUCACCGUGCGAACUCUGCUCGGUAUCUUCGAAGCGGUUUGCCAGCCUGCUUUCCUGGUCAUGACCUCGAUUUGGUACAAGCGUGAUGAACAGGCUCAAAUCGUGACGUACUGGUACAUGAUGAACGGUAUGCAGCAAAUUGUCGGUGGUCUCCUGGCCUAUGGCUUCUCCAUGAUCAAGCACCCCAGCCAAGGCGGCACUGCUCCCAUCCGGUCAUGGCAAGCCAUCUUCAUCGCCUAUGGCUUGAUCUCCUUCCUCUGGGGUAUUUGGGUUAUCAUCAGACUCCCUGACAGCCCUAUGCGUGCCAAGUGCUUCUCCGAAGCCGACAAGAAGCUCAUGGUCGAGCGCGUUCGUUCCAACCAGACUGGUCUUCAGAACAAGAAGUUCCGUGCCUACCAGUUCAAGGAGGCUCUUCUCGACCCCCAGACCUACUGCUACAUGGGUAUCCAAUUCUUCACUACGCUCCCCACCUCCGGUCUUGGUGCUUUCUACAACAUCAUCAUCAAGGGUCUCGGCUUCACUGUCCUCCAGACCCAGCUCCUCGCCAUGGUUCUCGGUGUCGUCAUCAUUGCCACUCUCAUGGGCUCUGCCUGGUUGGUCAAGAAGACCAAGCAGAAUCUGCUCACCAUGGCCGUCUUCAUGAUUCCCGCCUUCGUUGGAACCAUCAUCAUCAUGACGGUCAAAAACACAAACGACGCCACUCGCGCCGGUCUCCUCAUCAGCUACUGGAUCGUCUUCACCUUCUGGGCUGCUCAGGGUCUUGGUAUGAGUAUGCUCACCCGUAAUGUCGGUGGCCAGACCAAGAAAUCCGUCUGCAUCACCAUGAACUUCUUCGCCUGGUGCGCCGGCAACGCCACCGGCCCGAAGGUCUUCUUCGACGGCGACCCCCGCUACCUCAAGUCCCUCGCCAUCCAUCUCGGCUGCUACUCCGCACUCCUCUUCGUCAUCGCCUUCCUCCGCUUCAACCUCACGCUCCGCAACAGGCGCAAGGACCGCGAGUUUGGCAAGGAGACGGAUGCAACCCAUGGAUUCGACGAUCUUACAGAUAAGGAAAAUCCCAACUUCCGUUAUGUUUAUUAG